AUGUCAGACGAAAUGGCGGUUGGUGAUAACGCGACAAGUGAUGAGAGUAAAGUAAACAGCGAUGAUACUGCGGAGGAGAAUGUUAAAGGUGCUGGCGAAGCUAGUCCAAAGCCAUCGAGUGAACCGCCUGAAACAGAGGAAGCAAAAGUUCCUAUGGAUGAUGCACCAGAAACUGAAACCGAAAAUGAAGAAAAGCCAGAUAUUGAAAAAAAAGAAAUUGAAGACAUACCUGCACAAGAAAUUGCAGAAGAAAAGUCAGACGAGGAGAAGCGGGGCAUCAAACGUCGAGCAUCUAUUGCCUUUAGUGAUACUGGAGAUGAGGAGUUUAAGGGAUUUGAUAAAAUAAAUGAUGAGAAUUUUUAUGGACUAUACUACCGAGUAUUAGAACGUUUGGAAGAGGAAGUACAAACGGCAAUUAAAGAUAUUAAGCCCGUCAGGAGUUUUAAAGCUUCUCUAACAGCCUCUGUGCAGGCUAGCAAGAGGCCUCGACAGGACACAGAUGGAUCCAGACCAUCAUCAGCUUUAUCAUCACGAUCAGAUGGUGACAGCACAGAGUCUGGGUCGGCGCCGAGUAUACGCGGGCGGCGAUCGACGACGGAGAUGUCGUCGCCGCUGCUGCGGGCGCCGCUGGAGCGCGGCUGGCGGCGCGAGCUCGUGUACCGCGCCGCGCUCGACGCGCACUCGCGCCGCAACGCCGACAUCUACUACUACACGCCGCACGGCAAGAAGCUGCGCUCCACCAGGGAGGUUGCCGAGAAUUUAGCAGGAACUGGCCUGACUUUAGAAAACUUUUCCUUCUUCAAAGAACCUCUGGGCGUGGAUGAUCCUGAGAAGGAAAUUAUACGAGAUGCUAAGUUAAUGCGUCGCGUGGAGUCUCCAGUUACAGUUCCUGCGGCGCCCACGAUAGAGGGUAAGCGCACGCCGAAGCCCAAACCUCCCAAAGGUGCCAGCCCAGAGCCAGUGACACCAAAGUCACCACCUGCUAAAAUCAAGGUGAAAUCUGUAGGCUCACGGCUGAGUAACAAUGGAACCCCUCCAGCUGCCAGUGUGCCCAAACAGCCGCGUCGGCCGCAGUCCACAGUUGCGGCAGCUGCCAGCCCCGCCCCCGCUACCGCUAACGCUGUUGACAACAACAACACUGCUGCCUGGAAGAAACCUAGCGAAAAGAUGACACGCAGCCGGGUGGCUAACGGCGCGGCCUCGCCCACCGCGCCCGCUGCGUCGCCGCGCCGCCGCGGCCGCGCGCGCGCCGAGGAACUCGACCACUUCACCUCCUUCUGCACGCGCGCGAACCAGAACAACUACAACGUCGCCGUGCAGAUAUUCCAGUAUCUAGGUAUGAGGGAUUUGGCGCAUUGCGCGAGAGUUUGCAAGCUGUGGCAGCAGCUCGCCUCUACGCCAGCUCUCUGGAGACAUGUACGGAUGAAAAAUUCACAUGUGAGUGAUUGGGGUGGGUUGUGUGCAGUUCUGAAACGUCACGGGACCAAAUGGCUUGAUCUUCGCAAAAUGCUUUUACCACAAAACGACACGAUCUUCUGGGACCAAUUCGCUGAGCACAUUGGCACUGUGGAUACGUUGGAGAGGCUGGAGCUGUGCCGCUGCCCGGCGCGCGCGGUGGAGGCGGCCAUGGCGCGCGUGCCGUCGCUGCGCGCGCUGGCCGCGCCCGCCAUCCGCGACGCGCGCCUCGACCCCGCCGCGCUGGCGCUGCUGCCGCGCCUCGAGCUGCUGCGCCUCAAGUCGCUGGCCGGCCUGGCGCUCGCGUCCGACCUGCGCCCGCUGGCCGCGCUCACGCGCCUGCAGCACCUGUCGCUCACCAGCAUCAAGGAGCUGGGCUGGUGCGCCUGCGAGGUGGUCGGCCAGCUCGAGAUGCUGGAGUCGCUCGAGCUGGGCGAGUGCUCGUUCGGCGCGCCCUUCGCCGCGGCGCUGGCCCGCCUGGCGCGCCUGCGCCGCCUGCGCCUCGAGCGCGGCGUCGCGCACUGCGCCGCGCCCGCGCUGCUGCGCGCGCUCGCCACGCUGCCGCGCCUCACGCGCCUCGAGCUCGUCAACUUCGACGUCAAGGUUGGUUUUGACGACGCGUUGGCGGAGUGCAAAAAUAUCCAGAGACUACUAAUAAUACCUACAUAUGUGUCACAAUCGGCAACUACGAAUAAGCAGGUGCUGAGCGGCGUGCUGCGGCUGAAGGACACGCUGACGCACCUGAUGUGGGGCGUGACCAUCGAGCUGCUGCGCGUCACCGAGCUGUUCAUCGACCAGUGCGAGCAGGGCGGCGAGGCGGCCGACGGCGCCGAGCCCGGCGACAAGCGGCGCGACGUGGGCGAGUGCAUCCCCGUGCUCAAGCCCGUGCCCGGCUGUCGCCUGCCCGACGACCGCCACCUGGUGGCCGGCCCGCCGCAGGUACGUGACACGUGA